AUGCUGGGGUUCGACGGUGCUCUAGACGCGCCACGAUCGGCUAGGUUUGGUCAGGGUUCUGGUGACAUUCUUUACAUCGAUUGUUUUGGAUCAGAAGACAGCCUGUCAGACUGUUUAACUUGGGUUGACUCUUCCUGUGAGCAUCACAUGGAUAUAGGUGCCGUGUGUUACUCAGGAGCCAACCCUGAGCCAUUUCAAGUUCGUCUUGUCGGUGGGUCUCACAAUGCUGAAGGCAGAGUAGAAGUACUGCACGGUGGAUCAUGGGGAACUAUCUGUGAUGACAGCUGGGAUCUGAGAGAUGCGAGGGUGGUUUGUAGAAUGCUGGGGUUUGAUGGAGCCUUGGAUGCACCAGGAUCUGCUAGGUUUGGUCAGGGCUCUGGUCGUAUUCUCCUGACCUAUGUCAACUGUGGCGGAACAGAAAACAACCUAGCUGACUGUGCUCACCCAGGGAUUGGAGAUUACAAUUACUGUGCUCAUAGUCGCGAUACCGGCGUCAUUUGUUAUUCAGGAGUUCGUCUUGUCGGUGGGUCUAACGAUGCUGAAGGCAGAGUAGAAGUACUGAACGAUGGAUCCUGGGGAACCAUCUGCGAUACUUGGUGGGAUCUGAGAGACGCGAGGGUGGUGUGCAGAAUGCUGGGGUUUGAUGGAGCCUUAGACGCACCGAAAUCUGCCAGGUUUGGUCAAGGCUCUGGUCGCUUUCUCCUGAACUUAGUUAACUGUGAUGGAACAGAAGACAACCUAGUCGACUGUGCUCAUUCAGGGAUUGGAGAUUACUAUUACUUGGGUCAUUGUCGCGAUGCCGGCGUCAUUUGUUAUUCAGGAGCUCAUCCAAACUCUGAGGGAGUACGACUCAUGGGUGGAUCUAACAGUUCUGAAGGUAGAGUGGAGAUCAGAUACAACGGCACCUGGGGAACGGUCUGCGACGAUGGCUGGGAUUUGAAAGAUGCAAAGGUCGUAUGCAGAAUGCUGGGAUUUGGCGACGCCUCAGCUGCAUCAGGUGCAGCCCAGUUUGGCGAGGGGUCCGAUGAAGUCCUUCUGUCUCUUGCCGGGUGCGAUGGAACGGAAGACAAUCUUGCGGACUGCGCACAUUUAGGGUUUGGAGUCCACAACUGUCAUCACGACGAAGACGCUGGGGUCACGUGCCUCUUAGGAGGAAUAGUUCCUAUAGAAAUGAACAAUAUUCAAGGACCAGGUACACAACCAACGGGGCAUGACCGAGGAGCUCUUCCCCUCAUCCCAACCAUCACAGCUAACCCAUCUAUUCAACAUUCACCCGUUCCGUCCCACGUCGCCCAAACCAAUUGCCGUAUGGCUCAGGGAAUCCAGGACCGGAUUCCGCUUCAGUCACUCGUGUCUCCUGUGGAUGAUACCAUCGAGAGAGAUCAGAACAGGACCAUGGGAGCCAGGUCCAACGCUUGUACAAAGGUCAAAACGGUUCCGCUGAAUCCCGAUGUUGCGUAUGCUGUAGUAAACAAAAAGCCGCGAUCAGGAAAAUGCCGGGCAGACAAACACAAACUAGAUCUAGAAGCCUCGUCAGCUUUGGUAAGUAGUAUCACUAUUACUAACUAA